CAAAGAAACAACUGAAUACGACAGCUUUUUCUCAACAACAUCAUCUCUGCCUAACACUGAGUGUUAAUAUGGCUGCUGCCAGCUGUCUGCUGACUGAAGAUAAGUUCCUGUGCUCCAUCUGUCUGAAUGUGUUCACUGAUCCAGUCACCAUACCAUGUGGACACAACUUCUGUAAAACCUGCAUCACUCAACACUGGGAUAGUAAGGUCAGGUGUCAGUGUCCAAACUGCAAAAGACUUUUCACCACCAGACCUGAGCUGCAAGUCAAUGCCUUCAUCUGUGAGAUGGCUGCUGAGUUCAAACAGUCAGCUCAACAGAAAGCCAGCAGCAGCAGCAGCUCAGAGCAACAUGUGUCCAAACCAGGAGAAGUUCCCUGUGACAUCUGCACUGGAACCAAACGGAAGGCCCUGAAGUCCUGCCUGGUGUGUCUGGUCUCCUACUGUGAGACUCACCUGGAGCCUCAUCUGACAAAGUCAGGCCUGAAAAGACAUCAGCUGAUUGACCCUGUGGAGAACCUGGAAGGCAGGAUGUGUAGGAAGCACGAUAAACUGCUGGAGAUGUUCUGUAAGACCGACCAGAUGUGUGUCUGCACGCUCUGCACCGUUUCAGACCACAAGGCACAUGAUGUUGUUCCUCUGAAAGAAGGAUAUGAAGGAAAGAAGGCCGAGCUGGGGAAGACAGAUGCUGAAAUUCAGCAGAUGAUCCAGACGAGACAACUGAAGAUUCAGGAGAUCAAACACUCAGUGGAGCUCAGUGACAAAGGCGCAGACAGAGAGAUAGCAGAUGGUGUUCAGGUCUUCACGGCUCUGAAGAAGUCUGCUGAGAGAAGCCAGGCCGAGCUCAUCGACACAAUCAAAGAGAAGCAGAGAAAGUCAAAGAAACAGGCUGAAGGCUUCAUCAAAGAGCUGGAACAGGAAAUAUCUGCACUGAAGAAGAGAAGCACUGAGUUGGAGCAGCUCUCACAGUCUGAAGACCACCUCCACCUCCUGAAGAGCUUUGUGUCCCUAAAUGCCGCUCCACCUACCAAGAACUGGACAAACAUCAGCGUCCGUCUACCUAAUUACGAGGGGACAGUGGUGAGAGCUGUGUAUCAGCUGGAGGAGACGCUCAGUAAACUGAUGAAGAAGCUUUUUGAGGCCGAGAUGAAGAGGAUCCAGCAGUAUGCGGUGGAUGUGACACUUGAUCCUGAUAUAGUACAUCCCAGACCCACCCAGUCUAAUGUUAGACAGGAAAAUCAGGGUAAAGAGUGCAGAUGUGUCUUAUCAAAGCAGGCUUUCACUUCAGGAAGGUUUUAUUUCAAGGUUCAUCUUAAAAAGUGGUCAGAUUGGACUUUAGGAGUGACCAGGAAGUUGACCCACAUAAAGGAAGAAACCAUACUGAGUCCGUCAAAUGGUUACUGGACUGUAUGUCAUAAGUGGAAAAUGUUUGGUACAAGUGGGUACUAUGCUCCUGCUGGCCCUUCAAUCCUUCUCUCUCUGAAGACCAAACCUGAGAAAGUGGGGGUGUUUGUGGAUUAUGAGGAGGGUCUGGUCUCAUUUCAUGACAUUGAUACUGCAGCGCUUAUCUAUUCCUUUACUGGCUGCUCUUUCCCUGAGAGAAUCUACCCAUUCUUUAGUCCCUGCCCGAAUAACGGUGUUAAAAUCCACAGCAUAAAUGACAGUUGUGUAUUACAAUAAAAAGGGAAGCAAUUUUUCUGGAUUAAUCCAGAAUUUUUGGGGAUUAAGACCUAUUAAUGCUACAUCACCACUGCAUGGAACAUAACGCCAAUCAAGGAAGGACUGUUUAAAUAUCCAAGCCUGGUCUGACAGCCUGGCUUUAGCUUUAUCGUAAAGAUUAGCCACACUUCAGUGUGACAAAGGACAGUUUAAGAAAGAUAUAAUUGCCUCAGAGUAGAUUCAUUUGAUUAUAAUUAUUAGUUGGAAUGAUUUUUUAAAUUAUGUAAGGGAUGAUGUGUCCAUCAUCAGGAAUCCUGCUCAUACCAUGGCCUCUUACCAAAGAAAAGACUGUAAGACUAUUUGUUUAUAUGUGUUUUGCACUCAAAAUCUAAAUAAAUACUAGAACAGUCAUUACCAUCUCAUAAGGUUGUUGAGAGAUCCAGCUAAGUGGAAAACAACCUAGUCUAUUUUGUAUGUCAGGAAUGGCGAGACUUCGACCCAAAUGCAGAGUUUAGAAUUUAUUAAACAAAAAUAGUCUUACGAAAUAAGGUGUCCCCAAGAAGGCAGGCACAAGCGAAGAAAAACCAGAAGACACGACAGGGAACAAACUACCAGGAAGGGGAGACGAUACAGUAACAGACACCUACAGCCGACAAUGAUCCGACAAGAGACAAAGAAAGCACAGAGACCAAAGACACGGGAACAAGUAGAAACAAGGGAG